AUGGGUAAACCACAUGGAAACAGAAUUCUUGAAGAGCGUCAUGAAGAAGAACAUCAUGAAGAAGUUCAUGUAAACCAAGUAGUGGAGAAAGAACAUCACGAAGAAGUUCAUGAAACCCAAGUAGUGGAGGAAGAACAUCACGAGGAAGUUCAUGAAACCCAAGUAGUGGAGGAAGAACAUCACGAGGAAGUUCAUGAAACCCAAGUAGUGGAGGAAGAAAAUCACGUGGAAGAGGUUGUUAAGGAUGAAGAACAUCAAGAGGAAGUAGUUCAUGAAGAAAUAGUUCACGAAGUAGUUCAUGAGGAAGAGGUUGCCCGUGAGGAAUCAAUUAGCCAUGCAAUUUUGAAUCAAACAAUAUCUACUUAA